AUGAAGAGGAAAAAGUGGGCUUUCGAUCGGAUCUAUGAGCAGGGGCUCGCGGGAAAGCCGAUCGUGAUCGAGAGGGUGGAACCCGGGCCAGCGCCGGAGGUGGAGAAGAAGGAGGAGCUGGCUAGUGGGAGGCAUGAGACGGAGGAGGAGAAGGAAGCGUGGAGAUUGUUGAAGAAGUCGGUGGUGACGUAUUGCGGGACUCCGGUGGGAACGCUGGCGGCCGACGAUCCGGUGAAUGGAGGGCAGAUGCUUAAUUACGAUCAGGUUUUUAUUAGGGAUUUCGUGCCCUCAGCGCUGGCUUUUCUACUCAAGGGGGAGACGGAGAUUGUCAGGAAUUUUCUACUUCACACGUUGCAAUUGCAGAGCUGGGAAAAGACUGUUGACUGCUACAGCCCUGGGCAAGGAUUGAUGCCCGCCAGUUUUAAGGUUCGAACCCUGCCUUUGAGUGAUGACAAGGAAGCAUACGAGGAGGUUCUUGAUCCUGAUUUUGGUGAGUCGGCCAUUGGACGUGUAGCCCCGGUUGAUUCUGGAUUGUGGUGGAUCAUUUUGCUGAGAGCUUAUGGAAAGAUCUCUGGAGACUAUGCAUUGCAGGAACGUGUUGAUGUACAAACAGGGAUCAGACUCAUCUUGAAUUUAUGUUUAACAGAUGGCUUUGACAUGUUUCCAACUCUCCUGGUAACUGAUGGCUCUUGCAUGAUAGAUAGAAGAAUGGGCAUCCAUGGCCAUCCUCUUGAAAUCCAAUCUUUGUUCUACUCAGCUUUACGGUGCUCCCGUGAAAUGAUCACUCCUAAUGAAGGGUCAAAGAAACUAAUUCAUGCCAUCAAUAAUCGGCUCAGUGCAUUAUCAUUUCACAUAAGAGAGUAUUAUUGGGUGGACAUGAAGAAGAUUAAUGAGAUUUAUCGAUAUAAGACAGAAGAGUACUCAUAUGAUGCUGCAAACAAGUUCAAUAUAUAUCCUGAACAGAUUCCUUCAUGGCUAGUGAAUUGGAUUCCUGAUAAAGGAGGCUAUCUUAUUGGAAACGUGCAGCCUGCUCAUAUGGAUUUCAGGUUCUUUUUGCUUGGAAAUCUCUGGGCCAUAACUUCAUCCUUAACCACACCUUGGCAAGCUGACGGCAUCCUCAAUCUUAUAGAGGACAAAUGGGAUGAUCUUGUGGGAAAUAUGCCUCUAAAGAUAUGUUACCCUGCAUUGGAGAAUGACGAAUGGCGCAUAAUCACCGGAAGUGAUCCAAAGAACACGUAAGUUUUAGUAUGUAUAA